CUUCGUCAAUGGUAAAUCCGUCCAGACUAGGCAGCCACCCUCCACAGAACAGGAAGUCGCCCCUGCCUCGAUACCACUCGCACCUACUGGUGCUAGAGAGAUACUCUCAUAGAAACCCAUCUCUUCGCUCAAUCCCACUAUUUUUCGAAGAGUUUUGAAAAGCCACAAACCCGACGGGAGACAUAGACCGCGGUAGACAUGGCAUCGACAACAAACACAGCUCCCGGAGCCACCCAGGCCCCUGGCCCGGCCGCCUACCACGACCCGCGCACUUUCAGCUACGAGAACUCCAACAUCGAAGAGAUCACCGUGCGCCAGCUCAACGAGGACACCCUAGCGUACAGGCACGACCUCGACUUCUGCCGGGAGCAGCUCGCCCAGAAAGACCUCACCCCACAGGAGACCCGCGCCCUGCAGCUGCGCGUCCUCGACCUCGGCCACCAGAUCCGCCACUGCCAGCACCGCGUCGAGAUCCUCCAGGCCCAGAUGCGCGCCCGGAACCGCAGCGGCUGGCCCAACCCCGCCGCGGCAUCCGCCUACGGACCCACCGCGGUCUCCACCCCGUAUCGCUGUAGAACCUCCAACAAGCGGCCCGCGGGCGGCGGUCCGGGCAUAACCCCGGCGCCCAGCAAGCGCGCCGAGGGCCAUCUGCUUCCCUCGCCGGCGGACCACGAAGCCGACGGCUCGGGCGACUCGGACAACGAUUCAGACGCCGGCGCGACAAUCACUGCCCUGCAGCGGCUGGGCCACUGGCGGUGCCGGCUCUGCCGGGCGGACAAGUACCUGCACGCGGGCAUCGGGCGCGUGCCGGCGGCGCCGUGCAAGUGGCCGCUCAAAGACGUGGCCAAGAUGAUUGCGCACUUCACCGAGAUGCACGCCGAGCACCUGCCGGCCGAGCGGUGCGCCGAGCUCGGCGCCGCGCUGCGCCGCAACAGGGGGCCCUUUGAGUACUGGCUGCGCCAGUCGCGCUCGCAGGAUGUCGGCGCCGACGGCGCCGUCGUCAGCCACUGCGUCGACGAGCUGCUUGCUGGUCGGUUGCCGGAUCUGCUGAGGAGGCUGAGUAGAGCUGCUGCUGGGUUCCCUACUGGUUGA